CCUGCGAGCCCCGGACCAGCUCAGCAGUGAUCUUCACGAAAGCCGUCGCAGGUGCACGCCCAUACCACCUGAGGGUAACCACGGCGCAGGACAGGUAAGCCCCAGUGAACAGCUGGAUAGGCCUUGGAUUGCAGACGAUGGUGAGCUGGAGGACACCACGGACGACUCCUCAGACAGUGACAUGGGUUCCGACGGAGAGAGCGACACGAGCACCGACAUGGAGGAGUCGGACAUUCGUUUCGAAGCCGAGUGCGGCACUGACCCAGACCAAGAUAUGGACGAGUCUGCUGGUCCUGGUGAACCCGACACCACCUACGUGCUUUCUGCAGACGAAAGCUUCAUGAGUGACCGUGAACAGGUGCCACCCCAGAAGGAGCGCAAAUUUAUUGUAUUUGAGGGUUGCCUCCUGGAGCUCUUCAAAGUGUGUCGCACCUGCCUUGCCACUUGCCGCAACAACAUCGUAGUCCAGGGCACUCAAGUGAAGAUAACAAGCACCUGUGCACAGAACCACGUGGAGCGGUGGUGGAGCCAACCUCAGGUAAGUGGCAAAGCAGCAGGCAAUAUCUUGAUUUGUGCGGGAAUUCUGUUUUCAGGAGCCCCUGUUGCGACUACCCUGCGGUUGCUCAAGUCCAUCAACGUCGCAACAGUCUCGGAGCGCACCUUCCACUACUACCAGCAGGCUUACCUGCUGCCCGCUGUGAAGCAGGUGUACAAGCGGCACAACUCUGAGCUUCUAGAAGGACUCCAAGGAAAGACCAUCGACCUAGCUGGAGAUGGGCGCUGCGACUCGCCGGGGUUUAGUGCAAAAUAUUGCACUUACAGCUUCCACGAGGCGAGCACCAAAAAAGUCAUUCACAUCGAGCAGGUGCAAGUCGGUGAGUCAGAUGAGGUGCCCUCCAGCAACGCCAUGGAAAAGGUGGCCUUCGUCCGUGGCUUCACCAAGCUCAAGAAGGAAGACUUCACCAUUGGCUCUUUCAUCUCGGACCGUCACCCAGGCGUUGAGCACCACAUGAGGACCGAAGAAAGGGGCACAAAGCACUACUUCGACACAUGGCACAUUGACAAAGGCUUGAAGAAGAAGCUCCAAGCAGCAAGCCGAAAGAGCGAGUCGAGGGAACUGCAGGUGUGGGUGCAGCCAAUCACGAACCACCUGUACUACUGUGCAGCGCUGGGUGAUGGCAACGGCCCACUCCUAGUAAGUAUGUGGCUCAGCUUACUGAACCACGUGGUGGACAAGCACGAUGGCCACGAUGGACCGUUCAGCGAGUGCCUGCACCAGCCACUUUCUGACCGUGCAUGGUUGACUGAGGGAACCCCAGCGUACAACAAGCUCCGGAGCAUCGUUUCAAGCCCGCGGCUCCUCAAGGACAUCAGGCAUCUGUCCCCCGGGUCCCAGACAUCCUCCGUGGAAGCGUUUAACAGCGUGCUGAUUGGGUUCGCCUCCAAAUCUCGGGCAUUUACGCCAGAAGGAAUGGAAGCGAGAACCCUGGUUGCUGUACUGCACUACAACGAAAACGUUGGGCGGGAGCAGGCCACAACCCGGGAAGGAGUACGGCGCUUCAUGGUCGUCACGUCCAGAGCACGGAAGGGCCAUUCCACAGCACGGCCAAUCCCAAGCGACGCAACGUUUGAGUACCGUGAUGAGCUCAUGGAUGAGGUCAUGACCUGCCUGGAAAAGUGGCCGACCCUGAGGGAAGCCCUCGAGGCGAAUGCGUCGCAGCAUCUGCCACCGAUGUGUUCCAGGUACCCGAGGCCCCCCAAGAGUGACCUGAUUGCGGCCAGACGAUCCCGCUUCAGCUUUCAUGCCGGAUCGUCUCAGGACCAGUCCUGAAGCACCUUUGGUUCCACGCAGCCAAGUCUGCGCCUCAGACGUGAGGUAGGUAACGGGUAAUGCGUAGUGAAGCGAUCAUUUUCCUCCUGCGAGUUUCAGGUGUGCCCUCCGUGCUGCAACAUUACCCCGAGGCAUAGAGAAAUGUGUCCUCUGCGGGUACAUUUUUUUGCUGCGAUUUAUUUAACUGAACUGCAUUGCUGUUUCAUUGUUCCUUUCUUUGCAGUGCAGGUAAGUGCCUUUGUGCUGCUUGUCUGUGUGGUGUUUUUGUA